AUGUACGCCGGCCGAGCUUUGACCGGCUGGGGCUGCGGCGUUAUCACCGCGACUGUGCCGUCCUAUAUCGCCGAACUAUCCAUUCCCUCAAUUCGUGGUAUCCUCACCGGCCUGUUUGAAGUCACAUACCAGACCGGGUCUCUCAUUGGUUUCUGGAUCAACUACGGUAUCAACCAAAACAUGAAUCCGAACAGCUCCGCGUCCUGGCGCCUGCCCAUGGCCGUCCAGCUCAUCCCUGCAGGUGGCUUGCUCAUCGGAGGCUUCUUCCUGCACGAGUCGCCGCUGUGGCUUUACAGAAAGGGACGGGAGGAAGAGGGAGCAAAGGUCCUCAUGGCGCUCCGACAUCUUCCGGAAGACCAUCAGUACAUGCAAGAAGAGGUGGAAAUGAUCCGCGCGAGACUUGCUGAGGAAGCGGCCGUCGCGAAGGCUUAUGGCAACGGGUUCUGGGCAUACAUCCGCGGCUCUCUGUCUGAGCUGUCGCGAAAGGGCAUGUGGAACCGCCUUCUGCUUGUGUUUGUUGCCUUCACUUUGCAGAACAUGUCUGGUGCCGCAGCUAUCAACUACUACUCUCCAACACUCUUCGGCUCUAUUGGUAUCUCCGACGUAGCUUUGUACACCGGAAUCUAUGGUUUGGUCAAGGCCGUCGCCUCCAUCAUCUUCUAUGGAGCUCUCAUCGACAUUUGGGGUCGCCGUCGACCAACGAUCAUAUCUUCACUAGCGUGUUCACUUUGCUUGUGGUUUGUCGGUGCUUAUGUAAAGGUCGGAAACCCGGCCCCAAUUAUUGCUGCAGGUGGUGAACUCUCGUCGUCCACUAAAUCUGGUGGCCAAGCUGCUACUGCGGGUAUUAUGAUUUAUUCCGUCUUUUGGAUCGUUUCGGCUGAGAUCUUCCCCGGCGCUCUUCGAAAUCUUACGGGAACCUUCGCGGCCUUCACGCAGUGGCUCAUUCAGUUCAUCAUCACGAAAGCGUUGCCGUACAUCUUCAGCAGUCUCGACUAUGGCGUGUGGUUCUUCUUUGCCUGCUGGAUGCUAACGGCCACGAUUUGGGCAUUCUUCUUUCUUCCUGAGACCAAGGGUGUCACUAUUGACCAGAUGGAUACACUAUUUGGAUAUGAAGGUGAUCGUCAGGUUCACAGCCAACAGGCGAAGGCGGACGAUGGGAAGAGUCUAAACCAAAACAUUCGUGAGGUUGACCGUGUCGACGAGGCGUAA